UUUGACACUACUUUAGCUGUCUUUCAAGUGGCUUUAUAUUUUUAUACAAUUUUAAUUUUUAUUGAUGUAUUUAUGAAGACGUUACUAAGAAAUGUCGAAUCAAAAAUGGUUGAUCUGUUCCAUAUGUUUACAACAUAGACAUCUUGACAAGUGUCCAGGUAUUGAUAAAAUAACAGAUAUUUAUCCAAAAAAGGAGAAUAGAACACAUUACGAACGGAAUACAAAAAAUCUUCAAAAUGGUUGCCAUCCACAGAGACAUAAGGUGUCGAAAUAUGUCCAAACAGAAGAUAUUAAUGAAAUAAUAAGUGAAGUUUUAAAUGUAUUUAAAAGCAAGAAAUUCAAAAAAGACGCCGCCACGAAUACAGUUAAAAAACUGGUUAUCAGCAAAACGUUUAAUCUGUCAAUAAACUCGGACUGCGACUUUCCACAUACUAUUAAAUCAUCGUCAAUACCACAGAUGAAAACCGAAUUGAAGCAGAGACACGUAAAACACAGAGACCCAAUCGCUGAGGUGAAUAGAAUGUUUGCAAAUGUUAAUCUAAAUCGACCGACAGUUAGAAAUGGUCCGCGGAUACUGCCAGUUGUCAAAACUGACAGAUCUGACAAGGCAAGUGUGUUUGUGUGUUGCCAUUAUCAAUGCGAGAAUUAUUUGUAGAUAAUAAAUUAUUUAUCGAAUUGUUUUGUGUAUCCUCGACACAUUUUUUGAGGUGUGAUUCGUAUUUUGGGCUCAAGACUUGGUACUUAAUGUUUAAAGAAAUGUAAAUAAUGAUUAUAUAAACUCUUUUG